AUGAAGACCAUAUACCCCCUUCUUACGCUCCUUUCGGCAGCUGCCGUCGCUGCCGGUCCUCUUCCUAGGAACGCAAAGCUGGCUGCUCGUAUCAACAUUGACAUUCCGUCCCGGGUCGUAGCACGCACCGAACAUCUGGGCGACGCUGCGCCUGCCCCAGCAGUUGAUCCGGCUAAGGCUGCCGCUGAUGCUAUGGAGUCAAUGCAUGUAGCUGAAGCAGAGGCCAAAGAAAAAGCCCACCAGGAGGCCGCUGCAAAGAUGGAGGCCGAGCAUCAGGCAAAGGCCGAAGCAGAGGAGAAAGCACAUCAGGAAGCGGCAGCAAAGAUGGAAGCCGAGCACCAAGCCAAGGCAGAAGCAGAAGCAAAGGCUCACCAAGAGUCUGCCGCUGCUAUGGAAGCCAUGCACGUCGCCUCUGAGCAGGCCAAAGCUUCCGCUCACAAGGCCUCUGCAGAUGCCAUGGAGUCUAUGCAUGUUGCGUCGGAGAAGGCUAAGGAUGCAGCCCAUAAGUCCUCCGCAGACGCCAUGGAAGCCAUGCACGUUUCCCAGGAGUUAGCCAGUAUCUCAGCAGCAGCCACUACUACCGAAGAAGUUGCAGCGACAACUACAGCCGAGGCCAUCACUCACGAAACUGUUGCGCCAGAGACUACAACUAUGGUCGAACAGACUGCGGCCCCCAUGGUUACCCAACAUUCCAUGCCACCGCCUCCGCCUGCCGCCGAGAUGCCUCCUCCAGCUGAGAUGCCUGCACACACAACUCAAGCAGCACCGGAGCACACCAUGCCUCCUCCACCUCCACCUGCCGAGAUGCCACCGCCAGCUGAGAUGCCGGCUAAGGAGACUCAGGCAGCGCCAGAACACACUAUGCCCCCUCCCGCUGCUGUCACUGUUGUUCCUGAAACUCCUGCGGCUGGUAACAUGUCCAUGACCCACCCAGCACCACCAGCGCCUAUGGUCACUGAGAGCUUUUCCUUAGUAAUGGGCGAGGCCGCAAACUCGACCAUGCUGGUCGCUUCGUCCACUGCAAAUGCUACUGCGCCUGCGGCCACCGAGACGCCCAACGCGGCUGAGGAGGAAAAGAAGAAGGCCGAAGAAGAGAAGAAGAAGGCUGAGGAAGAGAAGAAGGCCGCUGAGGAGCAGGCCAAGCAACAAGAAGAAGCUGAUAAGAAAGCAGCCGAAAAGGAGAAGAAGGCGCAAGAGGAAGCGGACAAGAAGGCUAAGGAAGAGGCUGACAAAGCUGCUAAGGAAGAGGAGAAGAAGGCUGCUGAGGAACAGAAGAAAGCCGAAGAAGACGCUAAGACGAAGGAAGAGGCUGACGCUAAAGCCGCUGAGGAAGAGAAGAAGAAGCAGGAAGAGGCUGACAAGAAAGCUACCGAGGACGAGAAGAAGCAGCAGCAGCAGGAGGAGGACAAGAAGGCAGAGCAAGAACAAGCUGGACAGCAAGACGGAGCUGAACAAGACAUCAAGGAGGGUGACCAGCAAGACGAAGCUGAGGAAAGCGACGACGAGGGCGAAGCAGACCAGCAGGACGACGCUGCUGAAGAGCAGAAUGGCCAGUCUGCAGCACCCGCGGUACCAGCCCCUGCUUCUGGUGACGCUGUCGUCGAGUACCCAGCUGGGUUCCUCACCUCUUCCGCUCGCCGGCGUGCUGAGAUGGCUAACAUGCCUACGAAGCGUGGUAUGAGGGUCGUCGCCUUCUAA